AUGAUUGAUCUUGAUAUUCGUCUACGCGAGAUUGUUCAACACGAGGCCUUUCUCAGCAAGCAAUGCGACGAAUCAGAGGAUUUGCUAGAUGAUCCCAAGAAGCGACAGCAGCAACUGGAUGAGUGGCACGCGGAGAUGCGAGCCCUCGAGCAAGAAUACUGGAGCGUGGAGCGGAGGCUCUACGCUAAUGACACACUCUGUCCCACCAAGCCUUCGUGGCGAGCGUAUAUUUCCACUCGAAAGCGGCCGCGAUGGUACCUCAACACGUGCUCCGUCCGGCCCAAGGGCGACGGCCAUUCAGAAGCUGUGUCAGCCCAAUAUCAACGUGAACUGUGCGAAGUCCGCGAUGGAUAA